AUGCAUACCGUGAGCGGCCAAACACCAUCGAGCUCGUUGGAUUCGUGGGGGAGGGGGAUGACACGAGACAGCGGCUCGUUGGAUUCGUGGUGGAGGGGGAUGAGACAAGACAACGGGUGGGUGAAGCGUGCUGGGAUGCGCUGGGGUGUGCUGGGGUGUGCUGGGGUGUGCUGGGAUGUGCUGGGGUGUGCUGGGGUGUGCUGGGGUGUUCUGAGGUGCACUGGUGGCGAGCCCAGUGCACUGGUGGCGAGCCCAGUCCAUCCGCUUCCUCCUCCGCUCGCCCUCCGCCUACCUCUGCCACAUCACCCCAUGUAUCUGACUCUCCCUCCUAACCUUUACCUGCCCUAUACCCACAGGUGCACUGGUGGCGAGCCCAGUCCAUCCGCUUCCUCCUCCGCUCGCCCUCCGCCUACCUCUGCCACAUCACCAAACGUGUCCACCACACCUCUUACUGCCCCUCUAUUCUCCCUUCACCGCCUCCCACCCAACUAUUCUCCCCUCCUAUACCCUCCUACCAGGUGCACUGGUGGCGGGCUCAAUCUAUUCGCUUCCUCCUCCGCUCGCCCUCCGCCUACCUCUGCCACAUCACCAAACGUGUCCACCACACCUCUUACUGCCCCUCUAUUCUCCCUUCACCGCCUCCCACCCAACUAUUCUCCCCUCCUAUACCCUCCUACCAGGUGCACUGGUGGCGGGCUCAAUCUAUUCGCUUCCUCCUCCGCUCGCCCUCCGCCUACCUCUGCCACAUCACCAAACGUGUCCACCACACCUCUUACUGCCCCUCUAUUCUCCCUUCACCGCCUCCCACCCAACUAUUCUCCCCUCCUAUACCCUCCUACCAGGUGCACUGGUGGCGGGCUCAAUCUAUUCGCUUCCUCCUCCGCUCGCCCUCCGCCUACCUCUGCCACAUCACCAACCGACCAACUGUGCCUCCUACUGCCUCGUAACCAACCGACUGUCUCCGCCACACACCUUACAGCCUCUCAGCCUCCCUUCUUCUCCCCAAACCCAACCAUGCUCCCCACCUUUACCCGCCCCUAUACCCACAGGUGCACUGGUGGCGGGCUCAGUCUAUUCGUUUCCUCCUCCGCUCCCCCUCUGCCUACCUCUGCCACAUCACCAACCGCGUCCGCCACACCUCGUACGGCCUCUCAGUUGCCGCCCACCUCUCAGCCUCUGCCGCCCUGGCCCGAUCUCACCCAGAUAUGCUAUCCUCGCUAA